ACCCCUGAAAAGAUUCCUCCAAUCCGCCUUAUUUUUUUUUUUAUUUAUAUAAAUAGCAGCCUUGCAAACUCUAACCGCUUCAUUCCUCGUUCGGUAGCCAUAGCCAACCGAUCAGAUAGAUGGCAAAGAAGAGACGGGAAUCGGAGGUGUUAUACGAGGGCCUGACCCGCGGCGACAUCCGCCAAGAUCUCCGCUGGCAAAUUGAAGAGGUAGGCGUGAUGUACCCUGAGUCUAUCGCCUACUGGUCUGAUGUUCCGCCUCUGGUCCAAAAAGAAUUUUACCCUGACAUCAAGGACUACUAUGCCCUGAAAGAGUUGGUCAUGGACGAAUUGAAUAAUGAAGUGCCCAGAUCCGACGACGAGGAGGAGGAAGAAGAAGGUUUCAUGAGACCUGAGGUUUUUGGUCCUGUUGAUCUCUCAGGUUGUUCUUCUGCUUCAAUUCCUUUCUACGACAAAUGGGUUCCCGUACAAGUCUCUGGGACUCGACCUGAACCACGGGCUUGGCAUGGAGCAGCAGUCAUGGGAGAUAAACUGUACAUCUACGGGGGAAGAAGCCGGGAUGGUUGUUUCCUUGGCGAUCUUCAUGUACUUGAUUUGAACUCUUGGACUUGGCAUGAGCUCAUUGGCACUGAUCCGGGAGUGAAUGGGGAUGUGAAAUCAAAUAUUUAUGCUGCCCAUUCAUUGAUAGCUUGGAAGGAAAGGCUUCUUUUAAUUGUUGGACAUACAAUGGACCCGUCACAGGAAUGGAAUAUAAGCCCCUACUUGCAGCUGAUCUUGCAACUAGCUGCUACUUAUGCUUACUAUUAUGAACAGAGUAAUGCUUGUUUGGACUUCAAGACCUCGGGAGAUGCACCGAUCGCGCGAGGAGGCCACUCUGUGAACCUUUUUGGAAAUCGCUUAGUGAUAUUUGGUGGAGAAGAUGCAAGGAAAGCAUUCAAAUUUAAUGAUGUGCAUAUCCUUGAUCUCGUGAGCAGGAUAUGGAGAAAAUUGGAUGCUCGGGGGCAACCUCCAUAUCCCAGAGUCGAUCAUGUUGCUGCAUUACAUAAGGAGCGUUAUCUUCUAAUCUUUGGUGGUUCUCCACACUAUAUAUGGUUUGAUGACCUCCAUGUUCUUGAUCUUGAAAAAGAGGUAUGGUCAGGACCUAAGGAUACUACGGAUUUUCCUACAGGACCGUAUGGUCGUGCAGGUGCAACAAUGGGGGAUAGUUGGUUUAUUGUUGGCGGUGGAACUCACAAGAAAGGAGCUGAUACUUGCAUCCUGAACAUGCCGGAUUAUUCCUUGUCAGUGCUACCAAAUACAGGGCAAAACAUUUCUGCUGGCAUUAUGGGGUUGAGUUUGGUUGUGAGCACUUAUUGUGGUGAAAUUGUGCUGCUAUCAUUUGGAGGAGCUGAGGAGUUCUGCUAUAAGAAUGAUGUGCAUGUCCUUAAACUUAGCCGUUACCUUGUCUCUAAUGUGGAUUUUGAUACCAAUGCAAACUUUGAUCCCAGGAAAACUCAGAAAGCUGAAUGGUCAGAUAAAGCGGAGUCAUCGAAUGCUGCGUCUGAUAAUCACCAUGCCAAUGUAUUUUCUGUCAUGGAGGAUAUUGAGCAUUUACGUGACCAGCUGGCAGUCAAGCAGUCAAGAAAUGCCAAACUUGAGUGAAAUCAAUUUGAAGCAGAAGGUAUUGGGCGGAGUUGAAGCUGCAAGACCGAAAAAGGGCUCGAGCCACAGCAGGGGGUUGGAGAAGAGCGUUAUUCUCAGGUAGGCGUGGGUUCCGUGUGGAACUUAGAAGGAUGACGCAAUGUCUAUAUUUUGAAAUUAAAACACUAACCAGUGCGGCUUUGAUCGGCGGGUGGUUUACCCAUUUUCCCUUCCCAGCUUGUAAGAUAUGAAGUUUACUUUGGUGGGUGCAUCCCGCAUUUUACCUUCAGUCGAACCCCAGGGUAGGGGCCCUUGUGUUUGGGUGCAUUCCUUUCUUUUUUUAAAAAAAAAAUUAUUAUUUAUUAAUCUGACCCUGUUGUAGCUCUUAUAGGCUGUCUUGAAAAAUCAGAGCCUGAACUACAUAACUUAUGGUAUGGUCUUGAUGUAUUGUAAUCAUAAUAAAGUCAGAGCCUGGACUACAUAACUUGUGGUAUGG